CGCUUAACAAGAGUCCUAUGUUUGUCGUAUCAACGAAAUUUCAUUAUAUAAAAAUCACAAAUCCAACUUUACAAGUCUCCUCCUUCAAUUAAUAAUAUUCACUUUCCUCUCUCUCUCUCUCUCUCUCUCUCUCUCUCUAGCUUCAGAGUCCCUUGCCCUUUUAAUUUCUCAGGUUUUCUGAUUUUAUAUAAUGGGUGGGAGUGUAAUAGAUGAUGACUGGGAGCUUACCUCCCCAUCCAAUGGAGUUCGAACGGUGGUUUUAGUUGGACGUACAGGGAAUGGCAAAAGUGCAACAGGGAAUAGCAUUAUUGGGAAAAGGGCCUUCAAGUCCAAGGCAAGCUCCUCUGGUGUUACAAGCACUUGUGAACUGCAGAGAACUGUACUGAGAGAUGGACAGAUUAUUAAUGUCAUUGACACUCCUGGGUUGUUUGAUUUUUCUGCCGAAUCUGAAUUUGUUGGCAGAGAAAUUGUGAAAUGUAUUGACUUGGCAAAGGAUGGGAUCCAUGCAGUUCUAAUAGUUUAUUCAGUUAGGACCCGCUUUUCACAAGAAGAGGAAGCUGCACUUCGUAGCUUGCAAACUUUGUUUGGAAGCAAAAUUGUUGACUACAUGAUUGUAGUCUUCACUGGGGGGGAUGAACUUGAAGAUAAUGAUGAGACAUUGGAAGAUUAUUUGGGUCGUGAAUGCCCUAAGCCUUUACAGGAAAUCCUUGUUUUAUGUAAAAAUCGGGUUGUGCUUUUCGAUAACAAGACUAAGGAUGAAAGCAAGAGGGUUGAGCAGGUUCAGACACUUCUUUCGCUUGUAAACAUGGUUAUAGCACAAAAUGGUGGACAACCAUAUACAGAUGAGAUAUUUGCUGAACUGAAGAAGGGGGCCAUGAAACUCCGCAAUCAACAGGAACAGGUUGAUUCUCUGAAAGGUUACUCUAAACGAGAAAUAUCAGAGUUAAAGGAUAAUAUGCAUCGUUCAUACGAGGAGCAGCUCAAACGAAUUACUGAGAUGGUUGAGACAAAGCUUAGAGAGACAACUAAUAGGCUUGAGCAACAAUUGGCAGCAGAGCAAGCUGCACGUCUGAGGGCCGAAGAGCUAGCACAUUUAGCUCAAAUGAAAUCAAAUGAUGAAAUUCGUAAGCUCAGAGAACAUCUAGAGAAAGCGGAGGAGGAGCUCCGUAAGCGCAGUGAGAAUCGGUGUGCCAUUCUAUGAGGUAAAGAUUAUAAAGAAAAUGUGCUGUGGAGUUCAGAUCAUCAAGAAUAUAUUUUUUUCCUCCCUUUUCUGUUUUGUGUGGAGUUUUCUUAAGCGAAUUUAUCUAAUCAUCAAAAGAUUUGAUCCCUAUGUAUAUGUUUACAAUUCCUACUUAGAGAAUCAAAACAAGAAUAUAUAAUAUAGAUAUGUUUUAUUGACCUUUUAACUUA